AUGAGCACAAAGAACAAGAAUCAAUGGGUCAAGGAGUUCAGAAAAGACAGUGUCUUCCAGAUUCCGUUUGCCCUUAUCAAUCUAACAGAAUUCAAGCCAGCACAUACGCCAUUUUUAGUACCUACUCAGCACUAUAGUUUUUCAGUAGAUCUCACUAUCCCAGACUCUAAUGAGAAUUUGAAACUAGGCAAUUUCAUGGUAAGUGUUCAGCUUUUUUCCAAAAACCUCACACUUGGAUUUUCCAGCAGACCUGGGAUAGUACAGUACAAGUCGCUGUUGCAACGAUCUAUGGCUUUAAUCUGGAAUUUCCCUUCCAUUUUUAUCAGCGUACCUUUAGAAACUCAGAAAAUAUCCAUCAAGCUGAUUGAAUCAUAUGCAGAGAAAAGAGCUACACCACUUGAUAGGGUUUCAAUCUUGUUAUCUGAGCCUAAACUUCAGACAUACGGAACGAAUCUGCGAGUUGAUACGCAUUUCCAAGGGCUUAGUUAUUUCAUGUACCAUUGGUGGCUAGUAACAUCAAUAGCGUUUAUUUCGUUCAUUAUUUUUAUCGAAACGAUGAUUCUCUCGUCAUUUUGGAAAAUCAUUGAAGUUCUUUUUAUCAACGACGAUGAGGACGAAACGCAGUCAGACGAAUACGAAAAUACCACUGGCAAUACUGGUGUGUUUAAAACUGAGCAGAAUUUGGAAGAGACUGACAAAAACAUCUUGGUCUCAAACCGCACAACUUAUGACGACAAAAAAGAUGAUGCUGAUUAUCUUGAUGGCGGCAGCAACACCCGACGCGAGUUUAAAGGAUACGAUACGAGAGAUCAGCCAUCUGCUCAAUACAAAACACAUGACUCACGGCUGGUUUAUCGCAGAGUUCAAACUAAUGAGUCAUUGGAGCCUGCAACACAGCUCAAUACAGAUGAUCCUUACUUUAUAAGCAAUGGUGUCACCACGAGAACCACUUCAUCACUUGCGAAUUCUCGUUACGGUUCGCUGUAUUCAUUACCUUACGAAUCAGCCUUUUCUUCCCAAUAUACAACUCCAAUUCGUUCAUUUACUCCUGGUGAGUCCACCUAUACCCACACAGCUAUGUCCAGAUCAUCACCGCGUGGUCGUGUAAAUCAUUUAUCAACAACACGCACCUCAUCACAGCUUGAAACAACAAGAGACCAAAUGGAUUUGCAUUCUACUAGACGGACAGUUGAAAAUACAGCAUCACAAUAUAGCAGUAAUGCAGAGUGCACUUUAGAGCCGAUUGGACUUCAGCAGCAGGUUGUUCCAAAUGAAAAUGUAGAUCAGGACAACUUGACGCGGUUGACUAAUGAAUCAAUGGUUGAGCCAGUCAAGAACUUAGAAAACCAAAACAAGUAUGAAUAAAUUUGGAAUAUGAUUUGCAUUUGGCUACUUGUAGCCAUAUUCACUUGAAAUGAAACUUGUAUUUAUUAUGCAGUGACUGCCUCUGGAAUAAACAAUAGUUGAAUAUUUG